UUUGGACAUAGCGGCCACUUUAAAAUACCGCAACAAUAUAACGCGAGUUUCGAGCUAGAUUAAAAUAUCAGAUGACUUUUUCCAUUUAAAUCACUUUUUAUUCCAUAGUGAUAAUUGUUUUAAAGAUCUCUAUUUGUCUGUCAAUGGCUAAAGCAAAGACUGUAUGGUUCUAAGGCCACGCCCAUUGAAGUUCUUCACACUUUAGACUUAUGAACCCUAGAGGCUGAAUUUGUUGAUUUUGAAGUAGUUUUUGUUGGCUUCGCGUUCACGAUGAAUGCUUCUGGUUAUAAUAAAUCGGGAAAAACUUUUCUUUUCACAUCUGAGUCUGUUGGAGAAGGACAUACAGAUAAAAUGUGUGAUCAGAUAAGUGAUGCCGUCCUGGAUGCUUAUCUGGCACAAGAUCCUGACUCCAAAGUGGCAUGUGAAUGUGUGGCGAAGACUGGCAUGAUCCUUUUGUGUGGUGAAGUGACAUCAAAGGCUGUUGUUAAUCUUGAGAAAGUGGUUAGAGACACUAUCAAGAGUAUUGGAUAUGAUGACUCGUCUAAAGGUUUUGACUACAAGACUUGCAAUGUGCUUGUGGCACUGCAGCCACAGUGUGUUGAAAUUAGUGAGUGUGUGUUUGAAGGCAGAGAUAUGGAAGACAUUGGUGCUGGUGAUCAGGGAUUAAUGUUUGGCUAUGCCACUGAUGAAACAGAAGAGUGUAUGCCUCUCACCAUCAUGCUAGCUCACAAACUGAAUGCCAAAAUGAAGGAGCUUUCAAAGACUGGAGUUUGUCCUUGGAUUCUUCCCGAUUCAAAGACACAGGUAACAGUGGAAUAUCGUGACAACAUGGGUGCUAUGGAGCCUCUCCGCAUUCAUACCCUGGUUAUCUCCGUUCAGCACACACCUGACAUCACGCUGGCUGAAAUCCGUCAAAAUCUGAUGGAGAAAGUAGUGAAGGCGGUCAUCCCGGACAAAUACUUGGAUGACAAGACAGUUUAUCACCUCUUGCCUAGUGGAAAGUUCCUUUGUGGUGGUCCACAAAGUGAUGCUGGUCUCACAGGAAGAAAGAUUAUUGUGGACACCUAUGGUGGCUGGGGAGGACAUGGUGGUGGUGCAUUCUCUGGUAAAGAUUACUCCAAAGUGGAUCGCUCUGGUGCUUAUGCUGCCCGCUGGGUGGCCAAAUCACUUGUCAAAGCCAAACUGUGUCGGAGAGUUUUGGUUCAGGUCUCAUAUGCUAUUGGUAUUAGUCACCCUUUAUCAGUCUCGAUUUUUCAUUAUGGAACGUCGACAAGAGAUGAGGACGAGCUUUUAGAGAUUGUUAAGAAUAAUUUUGACCUGAGGCCCGGGGUCAUCGUCAGGGAGCUUGAUUUGAAGAAACCAAUCUACCAGAAAACAGCCUGCUACGGACACUUUGGACGAGAGGAAUUUCCUUGGGAAAAGCCCAAAAAACUGAUCUUCUGAUAUAUUUAACAUAACAAAGAAUUAGAACAUCAGAACAAUUUAAGAAUGUUAAUACUAUUAAAUAAAUAAUUUUUUUUUAA